AUGUUCAAUCAUGCCCAACUGGACUACAACAAUUGCACAAAUGCAACCAACGCCUGCCGUACCAUGGGUACCAUUGUCCUACAGACAAAACUGAGACAUCCUGCCAACCAGCCUCACUUGGCAUUCAACUUGCGCAGUGAUACUUCGAACCGGAGAUAUCCCGCUAAACUGCCCACUAAUGGCAAUCAUCUUCGAUGGUUUACCACAGUUGUAACCAUCUCGCAGUUCUGCCCGCUAUUGGCACCAACUGGCGCAGCGAUGGUCCACCACAGUUGUAGCCAUCCCGCCGACCUGCCCUCAAUUGGUGAAACACGGCGUGAACUAGACCUCGACUCACUGAAGGCAUCCGCUACAUCACCCUCAAGGCUCCAAUCGGCAUGUAUGAUGUUCUCUCAACAACUUUCUGGGACAGAUCUUCUAGGCAGUGCUUAUCAACAGUGUGGAACAGCUUAA